CCAGGCAAAGAUGGCCCACCAGGACCUCCAGGACCUCCAGGUUGCGAUGGUGUCGAUGGCCGCCCAGGACAAGACGGAGCUCGUGGAAAACCAGGAGAACGUGGUCCACCAGGAAGAGAUGGAGGCUGCGAUCAUUGCCCACCACCAAGAACUGCUCCAGGAUAUUAGAAUGUGCUUUGAAUUUAUUGUGCAGUCUAUGCACAGGCAGUUGUUUUUGUACACAACUUGUUUUGCCGCGACUUCAGUCUUUUUACAGUUCCAAAAAGUUAUAUAAAU